CCACAGCCCCUCCACCACUUUUUUUAUUACCCUCACUCCCUCCCCCCAAACUCUCCACUCACUCUCACUCUCUCCAGGACUCGCUCCUAUACUUACUCUUUUCCCUUCAGUCUUCUCUAGAGUCUGUCGUAUUUGCCGUUUGCGAAUCAGAAAAGUGGCGACAUUGCGAAUCUCGCUUUCGUCGCGACCGCUUACGUUUGAUACCCUCAUCUCAUAGAUUAUUUCCUCUGCGCUUUCGACCAGAUCAAGCAGCCUUGAUCUCAGCGUCAUCCGCAUAGCAUAUCUUACCGCUAUCUGUGUCUAAAAGAAACUCUCAAAACUCCUUAAAACAUGGCUCCCGCUGCUGAAACUGCGUCCUACAACGCUGCCUCCGUCAAGAGCGAGAACAGGACAUCCGUCAAGGUCCUCGAGGAACUCGUCUCUAAACUCAGCAUUUCGAAAGAUGCCGCUGAGAUCACUGCUACCUCGCAGAACCUCGCCGUUUUCAUUAACGGUGAUAUCGAGGAGGCUGAUGCUCCCACCAAGGUUGUUGCUCUGCUCCAGAAGCAACUGAACAACAAGAAAGAUGCCAACGUGCGAGAGCGUGCGCUGGACGCCAUCAAGGCCAUCGCUUCGCACUCCACAGUCUCCCCCGCCAUCGAACCAUACCUUGUCGCCCUCCUUCCCGCCACUCUCAAGGCUGUCAGUGACAAGAUGAACCCAGUCAAGGUUGCUGCGCAAGCCGCAACUGAGGCCAUCAUCAAAGCCACAAACGCCAAUGCCGUCAAGGCUAUCAUCCCUCACAUCACCGUUUCGCUCCGCGAAGCGCUGAAAUGGCCCGAGAAGAUCACCGGCCUGAACUGCAUCGAGGCGCUAGCCGCAAACUCUCCUGUACAGACUGGUCUGCAAGUCCCAGACCUGAUUCCUAUCGUGUCUGAGGCAAUGUGGGACACCAAGCCCGAGGUCAAGAAGGCUGCGUACGGCACUAUGGAAAAGAUUUGCGCUUUGAUCUCCAACAAGGAUAUCGAGCGUUUCAUUCCCGAGCUCAUCAAGUGUAUCGCCAAGCCAGAGAACGUCCCUGAGACUGUUCACUUACUGGGUGCCACUACCUUCGUCACUGAUGUUCACCAGCCGACACUGGCAAUUAUGGUUCCUCUCCUUGAACGUGGUCUUGUCGAGCGCGAGACUGCUAUCAAGCGAAAGUCUGCCGUCAUCGUCGACAACAUGUGCAAGCUCGUCGAGGACCCUCAAAUUGUUGCAUCUUUCUUGCCCAAGCUUAUGCCUGCUCUUACCAAGAACUAUGAGACAAUUGCCGACCCAGAAGCUCGCGAGAAGACCAAGCAAGGUCUCGACACCCUUGCCCGUGUUGGUGACGUCAAAGAUGGCAAGAUCCCCGAGGUGUCUCAUGCUGGUGACAUUUCCACCGUUCUUGGCCAUCUCAAGGAGCUCUACGGCUCCAAGUACAAGGAUGCUACCUCGGACAAGUUCGAAGCCGUCAACAUCUACAUUUCUGCCAUCGCCGGUCAGCUCAUCGAUGACAAGGACACCGAACAGGUCACGUGGUUGACCGCUCUGUCUCCCUACGUUGCCGUUGUCGUUGGUGACGCAGAUGCCCCUGGUAUCAUUGACUCUCUUCGCAAGCGUGCCUCUCCUGGUGUCGCUGACGAGGAAGAAAUGGAACCUGAUGAGGAGGAGGGCGAGGAUCUAUGUAACUGCACAUUCAAUCUUGCCUACGGUGCAAAGAUCUUGCUCAAUCAGACCCAUCUCCGCUUGAAGCGUGGCCAGCGUUACGGUCUUUUGGGCCCCAACGGAUCUGGUAAGACCACCCUUAUGCGCGCCAUCAACAACGAGCAAGUCGAGGGCUUCCCCAAGCAGAGCGAAGUCAAGACUGUUUACGUCGAGCACGACCUUGACUCCGACGAUACUGAGUACACAGUCAUCGAAUGGACUCAGAAGAAGCUGCAGUCAGUCGGUAUCACCAAACCUGAUGCAGAUGUUGAGAAGACACUGCAAGAGUUCGGUUUCGUCAAGGAUCAAAUUUCCUCUCCCGUCGGCUCCCUGUCGGGUGGCUGGAAGAUGAAGCUGGCCCUUGCCCGUGCCGUCUUCGAGGAGCCUGAUAUCCUCCUUCUGGACGAGCCGACCAACCACAUGGACGUCAAGAACGUCAAGUGGCUGGAAGACUACCUCGUUGGCAACCCUUGCACAUCCAUCAUCAUCUCUCACGACAGCAAAUUCCUCGACAACGUUAUCCAACACGUCAUUCACUACGAGCGCUUCAAGCUUAAGCGCUACCGUGGUACAUUGAGCGAGUUCGUCAAGCGUGUCCCAUCUGCUCGCUCAUACUACGAGCUUGGUGCUUCCGAGAUGGAGUUCAAAUUCCCCGAACCCGGUUUCCUUGAAGGUGUCAAGACAAAGGCCAAGGCUAUUGUUCGUGUCACGAACAUGUCCUUCCAAUACCCUGGUACUUCCAAGCCUCAGAUCCACGGCAUCUCCUUCCAGUGUUCUCUUGGCUCUCGUAUUGCUGUCAUUGGCCCCAACGGUGCUGGCAAAUCAACUCUUGUCAACGUCUUGACUGGUGAACUCAUUCCCACAUCUGGUGAGGUCUACCAGCACGAGAACAUCCGUAUCGCAUACAUUAAGCAGCACGCUUUCGCCCAUAUCGAUCACCAUCUCGAGAAGACACCAUCUGAGUACAUUCAAUGGCGUUUCCAGACCGGUGAGGAUCGCGAGACGAUGGACCGUGCCAACAAGAUUGUCACUGAUGAUGAUGUCAACGCCAUGAACAAGGUAUACAAGAUUGAGGGCACUCAGCGCAGAGUCAUCGGUGUGCACUCACGCAGAAAGUUCAAGAACUCGUACGAAUACGAGUGUUCGUUCGCCCUUGGUGAAAACGUCGGAAUGAAGAACGAGAAGUGGACCCCCAUGAUGACUGCAGACAAUGCUUGGAUCCCACGUAACGAGAUCUUGUCAUCGCAUCAGAAGGCUGUUGCCGAAGUCGACCAGAAGGAGGCUCUCGCCAGCGGUCAAUUCCGUCCCUUGGUCCGCAAGGAAAUUGAGCAACACGCUGCCAACUUCGGUCUUGAUGCUGAGCUUAUCUCUCACUCUCGUAUGAAGGGUCUGUCUGGUGGUCAGCGUGUCAAGGUCGUGCUCGCUGCCUGCUCAUGGCAACGUCCUCACUUGAUCGUUCUUGACGAGCCUACCAACUACCUCGACCGUGACUCACUAGGUGCCUUGUCCAAGGCCAUCAAGUCUUUCGAGGGUGGUGUCAUCAUUAUCACUCACUCUGCCGAGUUCACCAAGGAUCUCACCGAGGAAGUGUGGGCCGUUGUUGACGGCAAGAUGACACCUUCUGGACACAACUGGGUGCAAGGACAAGGUGCUGGACCUCGUCUGGAUGCAAAGGGCGAUGACGAGGAGGUCAAGUUCGACGCCAUGGGUAACAAGAUCGAGUCGGGUCCAAAGAAGAAGAAGCUUACAAGUGCUGAGCUAAGAAAGAAGAAGAAGGCCCGUAUGGCCCGCAAGAAGGAACUGGGUGACGCCUACGUCUCUGAAUCCGAGGACGAAUGAGCGACUCGCCUGUCAUCUAUCAAAAAGUGUACAGGGGGUCAUCUGGAGUCGAAAAAAGCGUAAUGAUGUUCACGUACAGAGACGAUAUGGGCUGUGUGCGUGUUUUUCUUAAUGCAUCGGAUUAAGUUUCGGACUGGCGUUUCUAUUGGUCUUCUCCCGG